GCGCUGAAAUGCCUGCAAUGGCAUCAACAAAAGGUAGAGAAGAACCAGAGGAACCAACCGCUCCCGCCUGCCUGCCUGCCCGCCCCCUUGGGUCCCAAGAGCCACGUACAAGACAAAUAAGAGAAAGGUUUCACAGCAUCAAAAUCAUUGUGUAUCGCUGUGGAUAUAAUGGCCUGAGGGUGAAAAUACGUUUACAAAUCCGUCGUUGCCCAUCCUUCGACCCAGCCUCUUCAUCGGUACCUCAACGAGAUUGGCGGUCCCAGAUCCACGGCCCUGGCCCUUGGUCCUGGUCCAAGAGCUUGGGAAUCCAUCAUGGAGCUGGAAUUGGAACGAAAACCCAUGGGAAAUGGGCGAGAAGAGGUAUUAAUCGAAGACGAAGAGGAGUUGGACGAGACCGGAUUGGGCGAAUCGUCCAUGGAUCAGACCGGAUUCUUGCUUCAACGACUCCAAGAACUCAAGGAAUGGCAAAAGGAACAGGAGAUGAAGCUCCUAAGGGAUCAACAAAAACAGAUGCAACAACUCGUGGAUCAGGAAAGCCUAGACGAUGAUACGACGAUCGAUCAAGAUUUCUCGAGUCUGAACUCGUAUGCGGCCACGCCUCAACCGCAGCCGGACAUCCUCCAACAGUACUACUCGAGCUCAUUUGAAAGUCCGGAUGAGGACGAGGAACCCGAGGGGCAAGACGUCGGACAAAGAUCCAUAUCGAAACUCGACUCAUCCAUGCCUAGUUGGGCCCAGACCGAGUCGGGCCAUGAGCCCCGCACCAUCAAAUCCAACCCUAGGACCCCCAAUAUCGAAGAGAUUCCCAUUGUCAACCCAAAGAAGACAUUCGAAGAGCUGCUAGCCGAGAAAUUAGGCAGUGAGGACGCGGUUUCACCCGCACUCCAGGAUGUUCCAAAAGUGGAACAAGUGCCUCAUGGAUCGCCGCGGACCCGAUCCAAGACAUUUUUACGCAAAGGCUCCGGACUAGCUCGUUAUGGAGGCGUGGGCAGUCCGCCCAAAGCGUUCAAACGUAGUCGUUCCACAAACAGUGUCACGCCCAAGGGUGAUUCCAAUCCAAGGUUAAAAUCCAGUAAAAGUUGUUCCAAAUUGGAUACUGGACGAAAAGUGACGCCGGGUAGUGCCAAAAAGACUCCGCCCAAGCGAACUAUUAGCAGUUACAGUGUGAAAUCUCCGCCUCAAAAAGUGUCUCCUCCGAGCCAAGGGAAUAAGUUGGAAGUUGUUCCAAAAAAGGCCAAAGCCAUCGGUUCCAUGAAGGCCAAAGCUCCAAAGACCACGAAUAUGCUCUUGCCCAAAUCGAGCCUACAACCGCCAGAGGCAAAUCAUGUCCAUUCAGAUAAGGAAAAUGAGAGCCCCGUUUACGAUUCUGUGGAAUGGAGUUUUAGAGAGAAAAUCAAAAAGGCCAACUCCAAACAUAAGCAAGAAUUAGAGGAGCUCGCAGCCUUUGAGGCUCUGGAAGAGGCCGCUUGUGACUCCUCAUUUUGCUCGUCAUCCUCGAAAGUGCAAAAUCUUAUUGGCAAUGUCAGCAGUCUUCCUUCGCCUAUCAUCAAACCCUCAUCCAGUUCCACUCCAGCCCGACCAGUCAUUCAUUCCCUCCAAGAUUGCCAAGCGGACAAUCCUGGAGCAGAAGAUCCAAGCUUGGGACCGAGUUUGCUCGAGGAUAUUCAAAAAUUUCUCCUCCAACGAGGCGCAGUCAUCAAGGAUGAUAAUGAUGUCGAUGAUUCACCUUCGGAUGAGCAUGACGUCGAAUCCGAGGACGAUGAUGACGACACAUUGAAAGAUCAAAUUGCAGGACGAGCACUGCCGCUUCAACUUGAGGAAGUCCAUGAGGAUGAUCCUUGGGGUAGUUUUGAGGAUAGGGAGGAGGCCAAUUCGGGCAAGAGUAACCAAGUGCGGUUUCAGGAUCGGUUGGAUUUCUCACCACCCCGAAUUCCCAAGAACUCGCCUUCUUAUAUGAUUUGGAGUAUCUUCUCCAAAGAACGAGAACGCAUGGGUCAACAAGCGACUAAAUCUUCCUAUGAGAAAUCCGCGAAAGCCAAGACCAAUUCCAAUUCUCGACCAGGUCGACGUGUUUCCAAUUUAAAAACUAAUUCCAAUUCGCCCCUAUCUCAAUUGGCCGACUUUCCUGGGGGAUUUGACGAUCAAAAGUUCGCUGAUUCUUUUUUGAAUGCCAAGCUGAUUGAACUGGAGAAGGAAAUAAGUCAGUUCCGACAAGAGAAUAUCCAAUUACAAAAUGCACGACGCAAACUAAACCAAGACAAAAAGCAGUUCCAAAAUGAAAAAGAAGAGUUGGAAAAGAGUAAAAUGGCAGACAAAAAGAAAUUGGAGGAGGACAAACGAAGAAUCAAAAGAGAUCGCGCCUUGUUGGAAAAAUCAGCCAAGCUCUCGACGGCCAUCAAUGGUCAAAACGAUAAGAAAGCCGUUUCCGAACUCGAGGAACUUCAAACCAAGCUGAGUCGUUUGCAGGAAGAGCUCCAAAAAAAAGAGACCAAAUGGACCAAUUCAAUCGGCAAGUUGCAAGAAACCGUCAAAAUCCUGGAAAAGGAGAACCAACAUCUCCACGAGGAGAACUACAAGCUCAAGAUGAAAACCGUCACAAGCAAGGUCUCCACUCAUUUGGGUGAUAACUUUGCCAAGAAUCCGAUCGAGCCGCAAGUAAUUUCAUUGAAGGACAAUGGCUCCUGCACCACCACCAACUCGAGGGGAGGUGGGUCGGCCAAAUCCCUGCAGUCCCUCCAAUCCCUGCAAUCCCCCGACUCUGGCUUUCGAAGCGUACAAUCUCCUCAGAGUAGCAUUGGGACCAAUAAUGAUUCCCUCCCGCCCUCCAAUCCAAUCUACUCGAAUCGAAAUCCUAUUACGACGCCAUGCAUGUCCUUCUCGCCCGCCGACUCGUUGGAUUCAAAUGUGACCCUGGUUUCCAGUGGGGACUUGAUUUCUCAGACCCAGCAGGCCCCAGAGCUCAAGAGAAAAGACCAGAAGGUCAACGUGUUAUCGACAAAAAACACCCACCCUGACCGUAAUAAUGACAGUAAUGGAGGGGGAGGAGGAGGAGGAGCCUCAGAGCAGACCCUAGCGGAUGGUUCGGUGGAGCUGAGUUUUCACAAUGGCAACAGGAAGGUGAUCUCUCCCGACGGAAAGACGACCAAAGUUUUCUAUUACAACGACGACGUCAAGGAGAGCCUACCCUCGGGCUUGGUCAAGUACUUCUAUGCCCAGACCAAGACUUGGCAUCUCACCUAUCCGGAUAAGAAGGAGGUUCUUCAGUUUAGCAACGGACAAGAGGAAAUCCGUUAUCCAGACGGAGUGGUUCAAAUUACAUUCCCAGAUGGCUCCGUCAAAAGAAUCGGGUCUGAUGGAUCGGAAGAUCUCAGCUUUCCAGAUGGGACCAAAGUGGAAGUGAGCUCCAAUGGCGACCGAACUCUCCUUUUGGCCAAUGGUCAAAGAGAGAUCCACACAUCCGAUUACAAGCGUCGGGAAUAUCCAGAUGGAACCAUCAAAACCUUGUUUAACAAUGGCCGACAAGAGACUCGGUAUGCCAACGGACGAGUACGUGUCAAGAAUAAGGACGGCUCCCUACUUCACGAUUCUCUCUCAGAGACCAACUGAGCAAUCAGCUCAGGGGGCCUGAGGGGGGAAAAACCUGCACAAAACAUAUCCUCACGUCUUCGUUAGCUCUCCCCCGAGUUCUUUUUUCAUCCAAUUUUGACGCGUUCCUCAUCGAAUUAAAAUCAAAAGAGCCUUGGCCUCAUGCAGGGCAUUUCUUGUUAAUAAAUCCCAGCAUUCUAUUGAAA